AUGGCCGAAGAUAACAACAACAUGCAGUCGGACGUCCUCAGCGCCCUGGUUGCCGAGAUACGAAGUCUGAGAGAAGAGAGUUCUCGAAGAAACACCCAGUUUGAAGAACGUUUUAUUGCCCUGGAACUCCAACAACACCAGCAAGCCCGUUCGUCUGAACUCCUAGAGCCAACGCCAUCUGUCACCCCGGCUGUCCCCAUUGAGGACACCCGUCGCCCCAAAUUACGAGACAUACCGAAAUUCGGCGGCGACAAGGCCCAGUGGCGAAGCUGGAAACUAGAAACCGAAGGAAAGCUACGACAGCUACGUUGGGCUGGCGAGGAGAUGCGAUUCGCUGAGCAGCCAGAUGGAACUGUUGGGUCAGUGGAAAAGGCCCUGAGGCAACACAAAGAGCCAGGCCGCCCAGAAACAGUCCGGCCAGAAACUGAAGUUAGACGAGAGGACAUGAUGGAAUGGGAGCCAACUCUACAAGCAUCCGCGAAAGUGAACGCUGCGCGCACCCGCAGUGAUAAGAACACAUAUGGUCACCAAUCCAACCGACCAGAAGACCAAGCGCUGUUGGCGCGUGCAAAGUGGGUCGAUCAGACCGAGAUGGACGCCUGUUACCGUGAAGGGCGUUGCCUUCGUUGUGGAAGAGACAACUGCAGGAUCGAGCGCGCCCAUUGGCUGCGCCUAUCCGACCCGCAAACGCGACCCGUCGCACUCAGGUCAAUGCCGUGGCUCCGACACGACCAGCGGUCACUAAUGCCGAGAUCGCCGAAGACGAAGCUUCGUCUCAUAGCGAUGAAGAUUCAGACUAGGGACACGCGGCGGCUCGGAGACGGCAAGGAGGUCAAAAUCGACAAGAUCACGUAUGUGUCGAUCGACCUCGAUGGACAUCAGCAGCAUCGUGUUUUCGCGUACGUCAUCGACGAUCUUAACUGGGACAUGAUCCUGGGUAAACGAUGGAUGGAAGACCAGGAUGUUCACAUCCACGCAAAGGAAGGAUAUCUCGAGAUCGGGUCCAGUGGAGUUCAAGCACGAGACCGACGACGUUACCAGCCUCCCAGCUAG